CCACCCGCCCACCCCCCUUGGUGUCAUCCAUCCUCUUCAGGUGGUCCACCAUUUUCAACCGUGGGAGAGAAAGAAAAAAGUUACUUUUACUUGCAUCUUCAUCACCUAUACCUUUUCUGCUUUGGUGGCUGCCAGUUCUCUGAACCUGCAGAUUGUUUUGUUCGCCCAUCACUCCUGUACUUCUGUACUCUUUCUCUAUCUCUCCUAUACCUCUACCAUGGAGUCCGUUCACGAACAAGCACGGCCAGCCUAUAUGCCGGAGUCUCGUCAAAGCCGCAUGGCCAUUGAUUCUCUUUUGAAUCCCUCGGCGGAGAGAGAAUUGGCCAACUCUCGAUACCAGUACAGCCAUCCUGGACCCCAGCUGUCGCCGCUAUACCCUCCCAGUCCCAACCAAUACUUCUACUCUCCCUAUCAGGAUGGCCACCACUACGCCGAGAGCUCUGCAUCAUCUCAGGAUGCAGCAUUUUUGCCCUACCGGCCCCGAUCCGCAGAGUCAUCGCCCGGCGCCUACUCACGUGAGCGAUACGAUUCUGUGUCCAGCAGCUCCAGCAAUGCUGCGGAGCGGCGACGGCCUCCUCGACCCAAGUACGAGGAAGAGGAAAUGUACUUCAUCUGGUACCACCGAGUGGACCUCUGCCAAGAGUGGAAAGAAGUGCGCGAAAGCUUCAACCAACAAUUCCCCAGCCGGCAGCGCCGAGGGUUCCAGGGGAUCCAAUGCAAAUUCUAUCGGUUCAUCAAAGAAAAGAAGUGUCCAACCUUGCGGGAACAACGGCGCCUGCGGGACGGCGACUUCCUCCGUGAGGGAGCGGGUAUUACCGACUCGGGGGCUCCGAAAUUCGGGGUCGUCGACUGGGUCGGCAUCUGGUAUCCAUGGAUGCGCGAGAGCAAAGAAGAGGUUCUCCGCAGACGGAUAUCCCGGUGAUGCCACCACUCCUACAUACCUCCACUCUAAUGAUUCUUUCGAUUCGUUGAAUAUCUACUCUCUCACGGCCGUCCGAAGAUACCUCUUUGUUCUAAUUUUUUUUUUUUUACUUUUUCUUUUGUGAUCACAUUUCACUCGUUGCGUUGGGAACAUUUUCAGCACGUUACAACAUUUUACUUGGGAGGCUCUUUGUAUCUUUGGCUUGCAUUGCCUGCAUUACACACUUUUAUACUCGCGCACACACAUACCUAUGGGUUGGCUGGUUUGAUUACUUUUUCUCAUCUGACUGCGUGGGUUACGGAAAUGGGAAUGGGACAAUCACAUCAAUCAAUAAAUCAAUCAAUUCAAUCCAAUUCGAUCGAAUCAAUCAUGUUCAGAC